AUGAGCUUGCUUAUUAAGGUCUCCUAUUUUCUGUUGUUAACCUACACUGUAGUGGCUGGACCGUCAGACCAAUAUGCCACUCAACUUACUAAAAAUCUCUUCAAUAAUUUAAAGAAGAUUGCAGCAGACCCUACCAAAAUACUGUUUGGUCAACAUAAAGCAAACUACGCCGGGGCUGGAGGCGGACAUACACCUUACAAAACACAUAAUCAUGAUGGUCAAUUCGUUGGUUGGGAGUUUUCGAUAGAUAUGGCACAGAAAAAACUUGAUGGUGAACUCUGUGAUAUCAAGCAGAUGACAGGCGAAUUUCCAGCCUUUACUGGUUACGAUUUUUACCAAUUUGAAUCAAAUUGGAUGGAAAUUGUAACUCACUUGGUGAAGAAAUCUUACAGUCGUGGAAUGGUAGUGGCGAUGUCAUGGCAUAUGCAUAACUUUGCAGAUGGUGGGGAUCCUUGGCAUUGGGGAUCUGAGAACAGAAUGGUGAAGGAGAUGCUCCCUGGAGGACGUCAUCAACAUCAUUAUAUGGCCAUGUUGGAUAAAAUUGCCAACUGGGCAAAUGAACUCAAAGACUCUAAAGGACAGCAUAUUCCAAUAAUUUUCAGACCUUUUCAUGAAUCGAAUGGUAAAUGGUUUUGGUGGGGUCUUGGCAAUUCUAUAGGGAACACGCCCCAAGACCUUAAAGACAUCUAUCGAUAUACAGUCAAAUACCUGCGUGACACAAAGCAUGUUCACAAUUUUCUCUAUGCCUUUAGUCCGAACUCUGGAUAUAAAAGCAUGAUGCAGGAUGGAUCCUCUCAGAAAUCCUAUAUGGCCGCCUAUCCCGGUGACGAUUAUGUGGACAUUCUCGGACUUGACGAUUACUCAUUGGUCUUGCAAUCUUCAACCUUACAAAACUUUGUGGAUACUGUUGCUGGACUAGUCAAAAUGGCUGAUCGUACAGGCAAAAUUCCCGCCCUAACAGAAAUAGGGGCACCGAAUAACCAUCUAAAUGAAAAGUCCUAUUACAAUUUUUGGAUUUCGAAUGUUCUGAACCCUCUGAAAGGAAUUGGUGUCCAGGCCAACGAUGCCGUGAAAAGAAUCGCCUAUAUCAACACUUGGACAAACCAAUGUGGCACGAAUUGUAAGAUAUUUACUCCAUACCAUGGUCAUCCGGCAGAGACAGAUUUCAUCAAUUUUUAUAAAGAUCCUAUGAUGGCUUUUGAAAAUUAUGUAAAACAACACAAUAUGUAUGCUUAGAUGUUCUUAGCUGUAAUAAAUGUGUGGGUCUGGGUAUCU